AUGGAGCGGUUGAGGCAGGCCAUACAUAAGGGCUGUGUAGAGGAGGUGCCGGCGGACGAAUUCUUCCUGCACGAGAGUGUUGCAGAACCGCAGCAUCCGCUGGAUGAACUUGUUGCGCGGACCCAGGCGCUUCCGCCCAUAAUUGCGGCUGCCAUUCAGCGCCUCCAUGAGGACAUUGUUGCGUUUAUGACGGAGCAGCGGUGCCUUCAGGCAGAGCAGGCAGCGAAGCAGCGCGAGCACCUCGAGGCGCUCCAUCUGGAGAAACAGACGCUGCUACACAAGUAUGAGAAGGAGCGGGAAACGUUGACUCAGGAGAUAUCACAGCUUAGGGCGGAGCUGCUGCGCGUGGUCACAAAGGACCCAGUAGAUAGUGACGAAAGUUCCAACUGUCAGCAGGAGCGUCUCGUUGAUCUAGAAGAGUUGGUACGGUCAAACACCCAGCAGGCGGAGGAGAAUGGGAAGCUGCGCAGGGAGAACGACGAACUUCGGGGAAAGUUGCGUUCUCUGAAAAUCGAUUGGAAAAAGGUCCACGAGAGCCAGUUGCGCUUUCAGGAGCUUCAGCUGGAGGUGGACAUGAUCGCGCGGACGAAUGCGCGGAUACGGCAGGAAAACGAAGAGUUGAAGAUGCUCAUUGAGACUCACUUCGGUCGGCCCCACUCUGGGAUGCAGCCAGAGCAGGAACUCCACGGUGAGCAACGUUAUUUGGCAGCGGACGGGAGGGGGAGAUGCGUGUCGCCUAUGCGUCCUGGCGUCUCCACCAUCGUUAACAGCGCGGACGCGGGAUGCCGGGUGAGUGGGAGUUCCUCUGCGUCCUGCGAUCCUUCACGUCGAAGUGUCGAACGUGAGUUAUUUCAGGAGUGGAAACGCAUGGUGAUUAGCAGCUACCUCGAGUAG